CUUGGCCCCUGCUUCGCUCAGCACUCCACUGAAGCCUCUGCCUCACCCUACCGGGAGUCUGUUUGACCUAUAGCACCUUCUAAGAUGUCCCAGCAACACACACUGCCAGUGACCCUGCCCCCCACCCUCAGUCAGGAGCUCCUCAAGAAUGUUUCUCCUCCAGCUGACAUCCAGCAGGAGCAAAGGAAGCAGCCAACUCCACUGCCUGCCCCGUGCCAGAAGGUGCUCUCUGAGCUCCCUGUAGCGGUCCCCUCAAAGCAUGAGGAGAAACACGCAACUCCUGUAAAAGGGCUGCUUGAGCAAGAAUGUGGGCAGCUGCAGCAGCAGGAGCCACAGGAACAGGAAGUGCAUCUGGCAAAGCACCAAGAGCUGCAGGAGCUGCAGGAACAGGAACUGCACCUGGGAAAGCAGCCAGAGCCACAGGAGCAGGAGCUGCACCUGGGAAAGCAGCAGCAGCAGCAGGAGUCACAGGAGCAGGAACUGUACCUGGGAAAGCAGCCGGAGCCACAAGAUCAGGAACUGCACCUGGGAAAACAGCAAGCACCACAGGAGCAGGAACUGCACCUGGGGAAGCAGCCAGAGCCACAGGAGCAGGAACUGCACCUGGGAAAGCAGCCAGAGCCGCAGGAUCAGGAGCUGUACCUGGGAAAACGGCUAGAGCCACAGGAGCAGGAGCUGCACCUGGGAAAGCAGCAGCAGCAGCAGGAGUCACAGGAGCAGGAACUACACCUGGGAAAGCAGCCGGAGCCACAAGAUCAGGAACUGCACCUGGGAAAACAGCAAGCGCCACAGGAGCAGGAACUGCACCUGGGGAAGCAGCCAGAGCCACAGGAGCAGGAACUGCACUUGGUAAAGCAGCAAGAGCCACAGGAUCAGGAACUGCACCUGGGAAAACGGCUAGAGCCACAGGAGCAGGAGCUGCACCUGGGAAAGCAGCAGCAGCCACAGGAGCAGAAACUGCACCUGGGGAAGCAGCAGCAGCAGGAGUCACAGGAGCAGGACCUGCAGCUAGUAAAGCAGCAAGAAGAGCCACAGGAGCAGGAACUGCACCUGGGAAAGCAGCAGCCGCAGCAGGAGCCACAGGAGCAGGAACUGCAGCAACAGCACCAGGAACAGCAUGAGGAACGUCAGAAAGCAGAAAGCUUGGAGCAGCAACUUGAGCAGGAGAAAGCACAAAGGGAAGAGCAACUGAAGGAGCAGCUGGAAGAGAAGAAGAGGAUCUUGGACCAGCAACUGGAUCAAGAGGUGGCAAAGAGAUAUGAACAACUGGGAGUGAAGAAGGAGCAGCUGUUGCAGCCCCUGGGGCAGCAGGAGGGACAGCUGGAGAAGCCCGUUUUUGUCCCAGCUCCUGGCCAGGUCCAAGACAUCCAGCCACCCCAGCCUCCAAAGGGAGAAGUCCUGCUCCCUGCAGAGCAGCAGCAAGAGCCAGAGGUGUAGGGGCUGCUCGAACUUAAGUACCCACCCAGUGGUUAUGGAGAGGCCCUCAGACCACUCCACACAAGGGAAGAGGACACCACUGCCCCACUUACCUCAGGUCCCCUGGUGGCCUGCCUCAUCUGUGAACUUGACUUUGUCCCUCUGCAUAUCUCUCUUUCAGGGCCGGGGAGGGGGGAGAGGAAGCUGUUGUCCAGUGCCCACCCAAUGAGCCUGAUCCCAACCUCAAGUGAGCAGAGCCUCUGCCUGAGGAACUCUGGGUACUAUAGUAACUCUGACUUCACCCUAGGAUUACGGCUGAAUCAGUGAAUGUGUACAAUGAUGCAUAAUAAAUCCUGGAAGUCCUUACA